AUGGCGUGGUACAGCCAGACUAUCGAGUCCUUCUCCGAUUCGUUGGGGAACAGCCGAAGCCAACUUCCCUUGCUCGCCGUCACAGGGGCCUCGUUCACUUUGGGUCUCUUGUUUCGAUCACUGCUUUCAGACCCACAGCUGGAGAGCACAGUGCUUGAGUCCCCGCGCAAGAAGGUCUUGUCCGUGUCCGAUUCAGUGAACCGUGAGCUUCCGCUGCCCACGGACGUACUCCCGGGAGCCCGAGAUGUGUCAACGCCGUAUGGAUCUAUGCGUGUAUAUGAAUGGGGUCCAGAAGAUGGACCUAAGGUUCUCCUAGUUCACGGGAUAACCACUCCAUGUAUUGCACUUGGGGGUUUAGCCCAUGCCUUGGUUGACCGGGGCUGCCGGGUCAUGCUGUUCGACCUGUUCGGUAGAGGCUACUCUGACUGCCCAUCUGACAUCCCACAGGACAACAGACUGUUCGCUACCCAAAUCCUGCUCGCUUUGAACUCAUCCGCACUUUCGUGGACCGGAGCCGGUUCCGGUAGAUUCUGCCUCGUGGGUUACUCAUUGGGUGGUGGUAUAGCUGCUUCUUUUGCAUCAUAUUUCCCCCAAUUUCUCUCUUCGCUGGUACUGCUUGCACCCGCCGGCUUGAUCCGCGACUCCCAGAUCAGCUUCCAGUCACGUCUCCUCUACUCCCGCGGUCUUGUUCCGGAACGUGUGCUUGGCUUCCUUGUUGGACGCCGCCUGCGCGCAGGCCCGCUGACUACGCCAAAGCCGAAAUCUCAUAAGCUCACCGCUGAGGACGCACUCGCUGAGGAGCUGCCAACACAGGGUGCGGCACAAGUUCAGCAGCUGUCUCGGACGUACUCUCAUGUCAAUGUUCCCCGUGCUGUCCAAUGGCAAGUGGGAGAGCAUGCCGGGUUCGUGCAUGCGUUCAUGUCCAGUAUGCGACAUGGACCAAUUCUGCAGCAGCGCCAGCGCGAGACUUGGGAACGCCUUGGAAGUUACCUAUCGACGCAAAAAAGUCUCCCGGUCGAUGAGCAGCGUAUGAAUGGCCUCCCGAGUGAUAAGGUUCUCAUCAUGUGCGGGGACCAUGAUGCUGUCAUCGUCAAGAAUGAACUUGUUCCCGAUGCAACGUCGGCACUUCAAGGGCAUGCAAGCUUUAGAUUCUUCAAUGCAGGCCACGAAUUCCCGAGUACCAAAUACGAAGAAGUGGCCCAAUACGUGAUGGAAUUCAUGCACUGA